AAUAUGAUCACGGUUGGGUUAUUUAUCGGUGGAGCAGCAGAACAUUUUCCACAGACAGUUUUUCUGUCCGUUGGCUUGUUUUAACCAGUUUUCUACCUUCGGCUGAUUCUACCAGCAGACACUGAAAGGACUGUGAUAGUUUGUCAUGGCUGGGUUUUCCCUCGCAGAAGUGGGCCUGCUGCUCCUGUUAUUGCUGGCUUUGGUGGUCAAUGCUGAGGCAAGUGAAAAGAGGGAGAAGACACUGAGAAGGAAGAAGAGAGAGUGGAUCCUUCCUCCUUGCAAGCUGGAGGAGAACACUGACUACUCCCAUUUAUCAUUCAUUGCAAAGAUUCGCUCUGAUAAAUCAAAAAAUGCAAAGGUGGAAUAUUACCUCUCUGGACCAGGAGCUGACAAACCACCCUACAACCUGUUUGUGGUGGAUCAUGAAACUGGGUUUGUACGCGUCACUGGUAAACUGGACCGGGAAAACCAUCCAUACUACAAUCUAACAGGUGUCGCUAGAUACGCUAAUGGAACCCCAGCAGAGGAUGACAUCCCACUGACUGUCAUAGUCCUGGACCAGAAUGACAACCCUCCUUACUUUGAACUGCAUACAGGGAACAUCUCAGAGUCAAGCAAAGAAGAAACCUUUAUAAUGCAGAUUGAGGGCAAAGAUAAUGACAAACCUGGAUCACCUAAUGCAGAGAUUGCCUAUCGCAUCCUUAGCCAGGAGCCAGAGGGCACAGGGAACAUGUUCCGUCUAGAUGAAAAGACAGGCAAGCUGUAUGUCAAAGAGCCCACAUUGGACAGAGAGACUCAUGACUUCUACAAACUGGUUGUAGAGGGAACUGAUAUGGGAGGGGCAGCAGGGGGACUAAAAGGUACAGGAACUGUGGAGAUCAAGAUUCUGGACAUCAAUGACAACCUCCCUACUUUGGAAAAAUCUGAGUAUGCUGGCUCUGUGGAUGAAAAUGUUGCUGAUGUAGUGGUGAUGAGAAUCAAAGCUGUGGACAAAGACCUUGAACACACAGACAAUUGGCUAACUAAAUUCACCAUCGCCAAAGGAAAUGAGGACAAUCUCUUUUCCAUCGAGACAGACAAAGAAACCAAUGAGGGCAUCCUGAAGUUGAUCAAGGCUGUGGAUUUUGAAGAAGUCCAAAAUCUUGAGCUUGGCCUGCUCAUUGAAAAUAUAGCUCCUCUUGUGAAUGGUGGUGCUGUGCUGAUGGAUGUGGAUGUCCAGGUUGGAGAGGGUGGUCCUCUGGCUACCGGAGCUGGUGCAGGGGCAGACCUAGGACUAGAUAUGGGACUGGAUGCAGAUUUGGGACUGGAUGCAGGUUUGGGACUGGAUGCAGAUUUGGGUCUAGAUGCAAAUUUGGGUCUGGAUGCAGAUGUUGGCCUAGAUGCAGGUCUAGAUGCAGAUGUGGAUAUACAUGCUGACCUGGAAGGAGGGGCAGAUGUAGGUUUGGAUGCUAAACUUAAACCUGAUUUAGGACCAGGCCCUGGAGUUGGACUUAAACCUGGUAUUAAGCCUGGUGUUGGACCUGGUGUUGGACCUGGUGUUGCACCUGGUGUUGCACCUGGUGUUGGACCUGGUGUUGCACCUGGCGUUGGACCUGGAAUCGGGGUUGGACUUAAGCCAGGUAUCAAACCAAAGCCAAAAAAAAAAAAAAAGCCGAAACCAAGUGUACCAUCAAAAAGCUAUCCCAUAAAGAUAGCAGUGAAAAAUGUGCCAGAAGGUCCAGCAUUUGUACCUGACACAAAGGAUGUUCCUGUGUCUGAGGACCCAAAUGAAGCACCAGACGAUGGAAUAAUUGCUGUGUUUGCUGCUGUGGAUCCAGAUACAGGAAAACCGGCUGAAGAUGUCAGUUAUGCUAAAGCCUAUGAUCCAGACAACUGGUUUACUAUAGAUGAAGAAACUGCUGAGAUUAAACUGAACAAGGUACCAGACAGAGAGUCACCAUUCUUGGUGAAUGGCACCUACAUUGCCAAGAUUCUGGCUAUGACCAAAGACAUGCCAUCAAAGACAGCCACAGGAACAAUAGCUAUUCAGGUCAAAGACUCGAACGACCACUGUCCUACCCUGACAACCACCCACAGUGACCUAUGCUCUGAUGAAAAAACUGUUAUUGUAACUGGCUUUGAUGAAGAUGAUAGUCCCAACGGUGCUCCAUUCACAUUCAGAAUCAUACCUGAGGGUACGCGUGGCAGCUGGGUUGUAGAAGUGCUCAAUGAAACUAGUGCUGCUCUUCAUUCUAGUGAGGCGCUGUGGCCUGGCCUAUAUAAGCUACAAGUGGUGGUAGAGGAUGCUCAAGGUGUCUCCUGUCCAACCAGUGAGAUUUUUUCAGUGGAUGUUUGCACCUGUGUGGAAAGAGAUGACUGCAAAUUAAAGGCUGCGAGACAAAGAAGUACAUCUGCUGAGCUUGGUGCACCAGUCAUUGGUCUGCUGUUAAUGGCAAUGUGCUUACUGCUGUUCAUACCCCUUCUCCUGCUAUUCUGUCAGUGUGGAGGAGCAGACACCAUAUUUCCUGACCAAUUUAGUGAUCUACCAUUUGACACCAAAGAACACCUGAUAUCCUAUCACACUGAAGGCAAAGGCGAGGAUAAGGAAGUUCCACUCCAGAGUGUCCCUAUUAUGCUGGGUACCCAGAAGAAAAUAGAGACAGCACCAACACUCAACUUUAACACUAUGCCUUCAGCAAUCACAGACACUCAUCAUACAGCAAUCUACAAUGAAACUGUGAACAAGUUUCAGGAAACAUCCCGAAAUUUAAUGGAGGUUGAUGACGCCUACAUGUUUUCAAGGGAGUCAUUCAACUAUGGCAACGACAGUGCAACAUUCAACAAGCAAACAUUUGGUUUCCCACAUACAACACCUCUGUAUGAGGAUAUGGCCCUUCCAGAUUCUUUUCUCAAUGACUACUACUCACAGAAAGCUGUGUUUGCUGUACCAGUGAAAGAUGGUCUGCUGGAAUAUGAAUUUGAGGGCCAGGGCUCCCCUACUGGCUCACUGGGCUGCUGCAGUCUUCUAGACUCUAACAAUGACCUGCUGUUCCUCACUGACCUUGGGCCAAAGUUCAAGACUCUGGCUGAGAUCUGUUCCCCUCCUACACCAACACCCAAACUGACAUGCACAUCAACAGGUGCUGUCAAAACCACAGUUGACAUAGUAGAGCCAGUUUUUAAGUCCAAACUUGAACACAUUGUUGACACAGAGCUAACUGACAUAAAGACUGAGAAAGUAAUGUCAUCUACUAACAUCUUAAAAUCAUCUGUCAAUACUGUAAGCACUGGCCCACCACCGAUGACAGUUUCUCAUUCCAAGAUUACUAAUACCAGCCAUUCCUCAAACAUUACUCAUUCUGGUAAACUGCCCUAUCCACCUCAGACAGUUGUACUACAGCAACAGCCAAUUUACUAUACCACCAGCCCUGUACUGCAACCCAUGAACUACGUAGUUCAACCACAUCUACAGAACACAGUUCUGUUGGCAGAUGGGUCCCGUGGAGCAAAUUUUCCUGGCCUGUAUGUAGUCAGUGGUCCCCAAAAUCCUUCUGGAUUUGUAAUAGGUGGACCCCAAGGCUCUCCUUCUGGACUAAUCAUCCAGCACACCGAGAGCUCCAGAAGCCCCGAAAGUCCCCAAAGCCCUGCAGGCACAACCAGUCCAAUCAGUCCCACCCUGUUGCAACCCGGAAGCCCAGAUGUGUCACCGGGCUCAGUCCCAGCAGAGGGCUGGAAAAUAAUUGGGCCAAAUUCGGAUGGCAAUUAUAUGUUAGUCAAAAAUAAGAGUAGUCCUGAUGAAACAGAGGGGUUGGACCUAGGAUCAUCUCAGGGCAUUUUGCCUGGAGGUGCUAUCCUGGUGAAAGAGGCUGCUCCCCCUCAGGGGGUGUUAGGUUUGGCAGCCCAGGGGAGUCUGCCAAGUCAUGCUGCUGCUAUAAAGAGGGGUGAUGUUAUGAUAAAUAGAUAUUUGGGGCAAACAUGGUUUGAGCAGCCAGGGCAGAUGGGGUUAGGACCAGUCACUGUUUUGAGAGCUGAUAAAGGGCAGCCAAAAAUGGGGAUGGGACACAUAGGAGCAUUCAAGCUAGAACAAAGACAUACUGGAAUUUGUCCAGCUGGGAUAAGCACACUUGGAAUUGAGCAGGUCAGCAUUAAUCAGUUCCAAGGAAGUCACACAUCAGAGCAAAUCACUAGUACCACUACUAUUCCCAAAUUACAUAGACCAGAUUUCCCAAACAAAGGCACCAUUUCAGAUGAUAAGGAUCCUAAUAAAGUAAUCAAAAUAGCAUUUGAUGAUACUGAGGGUGUACAAGAAUAUCUAAUACAAACAUCAACCAAGUCUCCCAUUAUAAAUCUUACAGAAGAUAUUGUAAAAUCAUUAUCAGGGUCAGAAGUAGGUCAGAUAUCAGAACAGCCAUGUGACACAGUGGUGGUGAAACCAGGAGAUACAAAAGACAAAACUGGGCCCAAUCAAUUGAAUAAAAUCACUGAGAUUCAAACAACCAGAUUUAUUGAUGUGGUAAAUUGGACAGCAGGACACAUUUAUCCAGAAGAGAAUCCAGAAGAGGCAAAUGCUCCACAAUCAAAAAAAGAGGAAAAUCAAGUCUCCCCUGAAACUAUUUCUGGGGAAGAUAUGUCUAUGGUCACUCAAAUUUCUUCUAUAGAAGUUUUCCUACCUGUGUCAGAAGCCACAGCUUUAGUUAAUAUGGAUAAAGAGAAGGAAGAAAAAUCAACAUUUCCUCAGGCAGAAGAAUCCAGUUGGACAUCAGACUGUAUCGACAAUGUCGAUGAUCAGACAUGUAAUGACACAGCACAAAAUGUAAACAGACAGGAAACAGCUACUUUGGAAGAAGAAGGAAGACUUGCUCAGCUGACCAUAGCUGAAGGUCUAGAGGACAGAUAUUCCAAAAUUGGGUCAAAACCUCAGUCAAAUAAAGUCACAGGCAAUGGUGAAAAGGAGCAGGACAAAAAUACCCAUCCAGGAGAGAAAUUUCUUUCAGACUUACAAACAAAUCAGGUUAUUGCCACUUAUUAUUGUAUCCAGGCAGAAGACAAUAUGGUGGAAAUGUCUACCAUCACCAGUGAGGUGAGAGAACAAGAGCAACUGCUUGAAUCUAAAGAACUCACUAUUGUGGCUGAUGAAAUGUUAGUGACCUCUCCAAAUGAAAUUUCGACAGACAUUGUGAAUGAGUCAAAAGAGAGGGACAUACCUGACCAGAAGGCAAUGCCAGAACAGGUAGAUCUUGGUGAUGAGAGCACUACUAUGACUAACCAAGAGAAAAAGCUCAAUUUGAUAUCGGAGUCACCAGGAAUUGUCCCUCAAGUGCCAGCAGAGGACUCUAAUGUACAAACCAUUUCAACAUUAGAGCAUCUACACACAGCAAUAGACAAUAACCCCGGCUACAAAGAAACUGUUGUUGAUGUACAAAAUAUAAAAUCAACAUCAGCAGAUCAGAACCCAGCCAGUACAGAUUUAGGCAGUAUUGGUAUUAGAAGGGAAGAGGAGAGUAUUUUAGAGGAAAGAAUGUCACAGCAGUGGUUUAGUGCCUCCAAUCACCAAGAUGAAGGCAUUGAAAGACCUGAUGCAUUGGACAUAAGUUUUCAGAUGGCAUAUUCGUUCAUCUCAGGUGACAACAUUACUGAGGAGAAAAUAGAUGACAAUAUUGUAGAGGAAAUGGUGUCAACUGUACAGCAAAAUAUAAGCUCAGCUGACCAACAAGAAGAGAUUGAAAAACAAGAUGCAUCAGGAACAAGUUCCUCAAUGCAAAUGAUUGAAAAUGUCAGUGCAUAUAUUGGAGAGAAAUGGGAGCAAAUUGGGAGAGAAGCUGUUGUAACUAUCCCACAUCUUAGCAUCUCAAAUGAUGAAGAAAUUGAAAAAGAUGCGGAAAGUGUGGUUUCUCACUCUUUGUCAGAAGACAGUGUAGUUGAGGAAGUGUCACUUGUACAGCAUAUAACUACUAUCGCAGAUGAACAACAUAAAGACUAUGGGGAAAAAACGCAUUCCACAUUUUCUCAAAUACCGGAUAACAUUAUCUCAGAUGAAAGUGUAAAUGAUAAAGAUGAAGAGGUGUCCCUCAGACAGCAAACGGUUUAUGUUGCAAAUGACCAAGAAGCAAAUGACAUGCAUCAGGUUCACAAUGUAAACAUCCCAAAUGACCAACAUGAAGACAGUGCAAAAGAAGACCUGUCAAGCAUCAGCAUAGAGGAAAUAGGCACUGAGUCUGGUCAGUUUAUAUAGUAGGUUGGUUAAAAUGUUAAACAACACCAAAUAUUCAGUGCUGGAAAAAAAGAUGCAAGAGCAUUGUCAAAAGCAUUGGAUUACAUGUAGAUUGAGGCAAGUAGUGGUCAAGUGAGUCCUUUAUAGCCCCAGAAAUCAAUCUGUUAUACUUCUCUGAACAAUUCUAGAAAGGUUAGACUUCAACAAUAGUCCUUAACAUUCAAAAAAAAAAAAAGUCCAUCUGGAAAGUGUGAGCUACAGUAAUGACUUUCAGAAUGAAGCUGCAUUGACAACUUUAGAGUUUUUUCUCACCCCUUAGAGGGUUUAAUGUAGAGGUUCUCUGCACAAAUUGAAUUUGGUAAAUGUGCUUUCAAUACGUAAGGCUUCUGUUCAGACCUUUAUCCAGUUCAGUGAUAAAAAACACAAGUCUUUGAAAUAAGACAUACUUAUAUUUGUCAGCUAGUACUGACAGAGAGACACAGUACUAACAGCCCAACUGUGGAUCCUACACAUAGUGUGAGAACAGAUAUCUUGCAGGUUCACUGUAUAAUACAGACACAUGCACAAAGUAAAGCAAGUCACAUGUAUGUGAAAGGUGGUGUAGUGUAGGGUAGAAUGGCAGUGUUUAACCCACUAAAAAUGUCUGCCAAAUCUAAGCCUGAAUGUAAGAAAUAUCUUUUUUAAUCCUGAGAGAUAACACUGCAUCUGCCUGCAAUGACAGAAAUCAAUGGUAGGGAUGGCUUGCCAUUUCUGCAAACCAGUUUUCUGCAGGAAACGCUGAAUUAAACAUACAGAACAAUUAAAACAGCACACCACACUCAUCACCCUUAAAGCAAACAGCCCUAGCAGGUCUGCUGUUAAGUUAUUCCACAGAAUACCUAACUGGCAAGAGUGUAAAAAGAUCAAACAACAGAAACCAACACAGGAUGGUUAUUGAGCUGUUACCAUUGCUAACACUGGUCACCAUAAGCUUCUGAACCAAGUGUAGCUAUAAAAGGAAAAUCCCACACCCUUUCAGUUAAAUAGUGGUAUUGCUAAUGAAAAAGGAAUAAAUGUGAUAUUUCUGCUUUCAAAAUGUACAUGAUCUUGCUUAUAUUAGAAUUAGACAUUUUUGACCACAUAAAUUUGAGGUAAAUUCUUAGAUAUAAUUAAAGAGUUGUGGAUGGAAAAUUAUGUUAAAUAGUAAUGUUACAUGUCACAUAACCAGAAAACAUUUAAAAUUCUAUUCAAGCUACUCGUUGGCACUACUCAUUGUAAUAAAAUACUUUUAUUUAGGAUUCUGGUGGUGGGUAAGACCCUUUUUUUGUCUUCUUGCAAUGCACAUUGACAUUUAAUAUAUCCAAAUGUAUCUUUCAUUUUAAAAUACAAUAUUUUAAUCCGAGGUAUUUCUUUUUUCUGUUAAAUGAAAUGUAAAGAAGCAUAUUUGGAGUUUUUCUUGUCAUUGCUAAACAGAACAUGUCCAACUGGUUGAAAGAUAAGCCUGGAAAAAUAUGUUGGAAUUUGUGAACAUGCUUUUCUACAUCUAGGUGUAGUGUGUUAAAGCAAAAGUAUGGGAAUUUGAUCUUCUGGUCAGAAGAUACAAUUUCCAUUGUUCAAAAAUGAUCACUGCUGUUUGUAAAACAUAGUGGGAAUGGGAAUGUUAAGUUCUGCCAUUAUUUCAUUUAAGAAGUCAGUCAGUUUGAUGUGCAAUAUACUGUGUUUUGUGUAAAGUAAGUGUGCUCUGGGGUUUACAUGUCAGGGUAAAGCUGAUAUUAGAAUGGAGUGGUGACAGUGAUAUCAAACUCAGCUUUAAGCUUAAGGGUUAUCAUUUAUUCAUGUACUAAUCAUCAGUUUAUAAUACUUUGCUUUAUGUAAAAGGUCAAAGAGGGACUGUACAAGAGCCUCAAAAGAAGUUAUUUUUCAGUUCAGCUUAUGGUCUUUAUCUUAUAUGAAAAGUAUGUUUAAUAUUGUGUUGCAUGGUUUUAAGAAAAUAUAGGGUGAACAAUUGAAUGAUGUUAAACAAACAAGUAGAAUUUCUGUCUUCCAUUUAACUAUAAAAACUGUGUUUGUACUCUGUACUCUGACACACCUUGAAGAAAAUACUUGCUUAUUUUACAAUAUAAUCCAUCAACAACC